GGCCAUGUAGAUCUACCCAGACUAGCCAAAGGCAGGGUCGGUGGCACUUUCUGGAGCGUCUUCGUCCAGUGUCCCGCCAACUGGACCGAUUUCUCCGACGCCAAUUAUGCGACUAGUGAGUUGUCGCCCGGUCUGAUUCUACUUGCAGGUGAAGGUGACUGACUGCGUCCGUCAGGCGUCCGCCAGACAAUUGAGCAGGUAGACGUUAUGCUGCGCCUACAGCAAGCUUACCCCGAGACGUUCUCUGCGCCUCCGAACGGCACGACUGCUCUUCAAGCCUUCAGGGAUGGGAAGAUCAUUUCGCCACUUGGGAUGGAAGGGCUACAUUCUAUUGGUAACUCGCUGGCCCUAUUGCGAGACUUCCAUGCGCGUGGUGUUGCGUAUGCCACACUCACCCAUAACUGCCACAACCGGUAUGCCGAUGCGGCCCUCGUUGAGAUCGCUGGUGGGAUCAAGAAAGCGGAUCCUCUCUGGCACGGAGUUAGCGAAGCGGGCAAAACGCUCGUGCACGAGAUGAACCGACUCGGCAUGAUUGUCGACUUGUCUCACGUGAGCACAGACACGAUGCGUGAUGUUUUAGGGGCCGGAAAGGAUGACUGGUCCGGCAGCCGCGCGCCAGUCAUCUUCAGCCACAGCUCCGCAUAUGCCGUCUGUCCUCACCCUCGCAAUGUCCCUGACGAUAUCUUGGAGCUGGUCAGAGCGCGCAGGUCACUGGUUAUGGUCAAUUUCGCUCCGGAUUUUGUUUCGUGCACGGCCUCAGAAGAUUCCAACGGGCUGCCCCAUUUUGAGCCCGAGACUGCCACCCUGGCGCACGUUGUGGAUCACAUUGUGCACAUCGGCGAACUGAUUGGCUUCGAUCACGUUGGUCUAGGAAGCGACUUUGACGGGAUUCCCACCGUUCCCCGGGGUCUCGAGGAUGUGUCCAAGUAUCCGGACUUAAUCGCGGAGUUGUUGAAGCGAGGUGUCAGCCAUGAGGAUGCAGGAAAGGUAGCCGGAGGGAAUUUGCUGCGAGUUUGGAAGGAAGUCGAUGACGUUGCUCUCCAAUUGCGGGCCGAGGGAGCACUUCCAGCUGAGGAUGACCUGUCUCGUGCCUGAAGCCAAUUUGUCAAAUUAUUCGACGCGUAGGUCUCGCCUCUCAUUGGACCGGGAGCCAUGCCAUACCGGACAAAUUUGGUAACAUUCGACCUCCACUUGCUUAGUUAUAGCUGAAGUAG